AUGGCUCUGAAGCGGCUGCAGAAGGAGUGGAGGUUAUGGGGAUGUGAGGAGGAGGCGAAUCCCAGCAUGGUGGGCAAGCUCAGCGAGCCCAUCAUGCAGGGGGAGCGCGAGUUCUGGACGGUGCAUCCGAGCAACGAUUGGUAUUGCUGGGAAGCCGAGCUUCGCCCCUCGCAGGGGCCUUUACAGGGGGCUCAUUUGGUCUACUGGCUGCGAUAUCCGAGUGCCUACCCAUUCCAGCCGCCGAAGUUCGACAGUUCUGCGCGCUUUGUCGGUUUCCCGGUCACCUGGGACGAGGUUGAGGUGGGUUGGUGGAUUUUCCUCAUCCCGGCCAGCAGUCAAGAUGGCCGACGCUUGAAGGGCAGGGUCGCGCAGAAGACCGCCGAGGAGCUGAAAAUUUGCUUCCGAAGGGACGGAUCGGACGAAGAGGACGAAGAGGAGCGGUCAGGAGGGCCAGAGGAGUCGGUCGACAGAGAAUGGUGGAACUGUCACGACCUAGUGCUGGGGUGCAGUGCAGAGGCCGUGGUUCACCAUCCAUUGCUGAACGCAGGAGGCGGCGCCUGCUCUUGUGGCAUCCGGGAUGUUUGGAGUCCGAGCAGGUCGUUCGCGCACUGUUUGGCGUUCCUGCGCAUCGCCGUGGAGGACCCAAAAGACGGCCAGAAGCCGGUGCCGCGCGACGGGACGGAAGAGAUGUGCUUCUGCAGCUACGACGACGAAGUCUCUUCGCAAUACGCGCACAAUCCGACGGCCUGGCUUUCCAAGGCGCGCCGUCUCUUUUUCCAUGACCGGGGAGUCGCCCCGCUUUGCGUUGUCGCGGAUGACCUGGAGGGCGACUUGCUUCGGAUCGUUUGCUCCAACCUCGCGGGGGAGGAGCUACUACAGAUCCAAACGGAUGGAGAAAGCACCUUUCGAGAUCUGGACCGACAGAUUUGCGAGCAGAUUCCCAGAGUAGACGGCAUUUCUGCCUGGAAGAUCGUGUUGCCUGACGGGCGUUGCGCCGACGAUGUGACGGAAUCUGCAGUGGUCAACGCCGAAGGCAGUUACCGAGGGUUGUGGUGCGCGAUCCUUCUUGUAAGCGCCGGCAUCUUAAACUUACAGCCCUACUUCUGA